UGCCGCCAGUCGAACGUACCGCAAUCGGUGGAACGCGCAACACACGCGCAACAAAUUCGUAAAAACUACCAAAAUCAGAAGUGAUAAUGUGCCGUUGAGAGACUGAAUGCAAAAGAACAAUCCUUAAAAUACACAUUUAAAAAACCAAAACGAUCAUGGUCAUGGAGAUGUCCAAGACGUAUCAGUACCGCAAGGUGAUGAAGCCGCUGCUGGAGCGCAAGCGUCGUGCCAGGAUCAACAAGUGUUUGGACGAUCUCAAGGAUUUGAUGGUGGAGUGCCUGCAGCAGGAGGGCGAGCAUGUCACCAGGCUAGAGAAGGCGGAUAUUCUGGAGCUGACUGUGGAUCAUAUGAGAAAACUUAAGCAGCGAGGUGGCCUUUCGCUGCAGGGUGUCGUUUCGGGCGGUAGCAGCCCACCCACCUCUACCAGUACCGCCCACGUGGAGUCCUUUCGCUCUGGCUAUGUCCACGCUGCCGAUCAGAUUACACAGGUCCUGCUGCAGACCCAGCAAACCGAUGAGAUUGGCCGCAAGAUAAUGAAAUUCCUAUCGACGCGACUAAUUGAGCUGCAGACGCAGUUGAUCCAGCAGCAACAACAACAACAGCAGCAUCAGCAACAACAAUUACCGCAAUCAUCGGCACGCUUAGCCUUCCCGCUGCUGGGAGGAUAUGGACCGGCGGCCGCCGCUGCCGCCAUUAGUUACAGCUCCUUUCUAAACAGCAAGGACGAACUGAUCGAUGUGACAUCCGUCGAUGGCAACGCGUUAUCCGAGACGGCGUCAGUUAGCUCGCAGGAGUCCGGCGCCUCGGAGCCCGUCUGGAGGCCCUGGUAAUUGGGCCUUACCAAUCUAGAUCUUAUCCCUAACAUAAUAAUCGCAAACCCAAAAAAUGGCUAAUGACCGUUCUGCAACAAGAUCCGUUGUCUUCCAAAGUAAAUCAUAACAACCUAAGUUAAUUGUCAUCGAUUUGCUAAUCGAUUUCCAAAUGGUUUUGAAAUACUUUUAGUUUUAGUUCCGCUAAUGGUAGUUUGUAAAUUGAUUGUUUAAUUUCAACUGUGAUAUAACUAAAGUACGAUGAUCAAUCAAUCAAUGAAUAUAUAUUCGAGUGCGCUAUUAUCCUACUGCAAACGCUUCCUAAGUUUAUUAGUUCGUUGCGCUCUUUUCAUUGUUUAGAUUUAUAAAUUUUAAGCUUUAAAUAAUUUAUAAAUGUUAAUUUAUGGUUAGUUGCGAAUGAGAAAUCAAAAAUGGACUACCCCAAUAAGAAAUAAAUCUGACAAAAAAUCAAAAA